AAGUGUGAGCGAUUAAUGUGAACUUGUUUCCGCAUUUAACAAUAUGGCUGCCAGUUGUUUAGGGUAAUGUGGCGUUCGACAAAUCUGAGUGAAAUUGUUUUAAUUUAUUUUAGCCACGUAAAGAUGUAUAAAGAUUUAAGAGUUUUAUAGCAGUGAUUCAUGGAAAAGCUGCAAUAAAUAUACUUUAAGUUGGUGAAUAAAAUUCUGAAUGCGGAGAAAUUGUCUUAAAAAUUGAACAGUCAACAAACUUUUGUUUGUUUCGUCGAGUGGAUAUAUUUAAUUCUCUUGGAUGAGACUUGAUUAUGAACCAACCAUAAGGUUAUUAAAUUAGUGAAACAGGGACUGACUUGAAACACAUUAGGUUAUGGCAAACUUGAAUUUCCAACAAGCUCCUAGAAGCCUAGCAAGCGGCGGCGUCGGUGGGCGCGUGGGCGCGGGACUCGUGGGCGGCGUGUCUGGGCAUGUGACGCCCACGUUCGGUGGCGCGCUGUCGCCCGGGCGCGCCACUGCUAUGCCCGGGGGCGCGCCGCCCUCCAUGGCCUCGCGGUCGACGCUGUUUGGACAGCGCGCCUUUGCAGACAGGCGGGUGCCCAUGCCGACUCCCCUAUCACAGGCCAACUCUAAUUCUAUGUCGAGUAUGGCGAAUCUGUCUCGUUUCAACGCGGGGAACAACUACCACUCCGUGUUCGGCGAGGGCGGGGACACGUCGACGCCGCCGCUGCUGGACCUCAGCGAGUUCCCCUCGCUCACGGCGCGCGGCGCGGGCGACCAGGCGCCCACCGCGGCCCCACCGCCCCCCGGCUCUAAACCUUACGUGGGUAUGGUGAAGCAGCCAACGUCGGAGCAGUCGGAGUUCACGAUGUCCUCGGAGGACUUCCCUGCGCUACCGGGCACGUCGGCGGGGACCCACGUGCCCGACAAACCCGCAGAGUACACGCACGCGCCUGACAAGCCCGUGCGCAAGGGCAUACAGACUUCGCCUGACGUUAUCACUCAAGGAGCGCAUAUGGAAUACUAUGGCAAAGUGACGAAUAUACCGGAGACGAUGAUUCCUAACCAGUAUGGCAUAGUGGGGCUGUUGACCUUCAUCCGCGCGGCGGAGUCGGACCCCAGCCUGGUCUCGCUGGCGCUGGGACAGGACCUCACAGCGCUGGGCCUUAAUUUAAAUUCACCGGACAAUUUGUACCUUACCUUCGCUGGACCUUGGGCGGACACACCCUGCAGGCCACAAGAUAUGGACUACCACGUGCCGCCCGAGUACCUCAUAAACGGCUCGAUCAGAGAAAAGCUGGCGCCCCUCCGCCUCAGCCGGUACAAAGAGGACCUCCUGUUCUACCUGUUCUACUGCUUCGUGGGCGACGUGCUGCAGAUCGCGGCCGCGGCGGAGCUAUACAACCGCGAGUGGCGGUAUCACAUGGAGGAGAAGGUGUGGAUCUCGCAGGCGCCCGGCAUGCCCAUGGUGGAGAAGACGAGCACUUACGAGCGCGGCACGUAUUACUUCUUCGACGCGCACAACUGGAGAAAGGUGGCGAAGGAAUUCCACUUAGAUUACAGCAAGCUGGAGGGUCGGCCGCAGUUGCCGCCGCACGUGCUCACGUAGCGCGCCCAAACCUAAUGUAGUUUUGUUAUAUAAAAGUACAAGUUAAA